GGAAAGCCAACUCAACUCCGAUAAGUGAAGGGACAAUCAAGAGGGCUCAACCACUGUUCGAGCUUGGAACGUCUCUGCCAGAGCUGUCCUUCCCUAUCCCUGAACACCGCUGAAAAUCCAUGACAAACGGCAUACGCACUCACCCAAACCCACUAGAGAGGCUCUCUGUCUAACUCGCUCUCUCCCUCUCUACCCCGCUCUCUCUGGGUUUUGCUCUAAUGGCCGCCAUUCCCACGCUCUCGCCCUCUCUACCCACAAUUUCUCUUCAGGCUUCUCCUUCUUCAGCGUCUUCAAAGCCAAACCACGUACAAUUACCUUCUGCUCUCGCUCUGAGCUCUCUUUUCGGUACCAGAAUCGCGAUUCAAACUUCAAGUUCAUAUCGUUUCCUUCCCCAUGGCAAGUCUUGCCGUGCGACAUCCGCCACUGUGUCUCUUAGUCUCCCAUACACGAAACCCCCGGCGGCCACUCCUGAGAAUCUCCCAAAAUGGUCAGCAAGGGCGAUCAAAGCAUUUGUAAUGGCGGAAUUGGAAGCAAGGAAGCUCAAGUAUCCCAACACAGGAACAGAAGCCCUUGUUAUGGGUGUUUUAGUAGAAGGAACAAGUAAAGCUGCAAAGUUCUUACGGGCUAAUGGAAUCACUCUUCUCAAAGUACGGGAGGAAACUCUAGAGCUUCUUGGGAAAUCUGACAUGUAUUUCUUUAGUCCUGAGCAUCCUCCAUUGACUGAACCAGCUCAGAAAUCCAUUGACUGGGCUGUUGAAGAGAAAUUAAAGUCUGGUGAAGGUGGGGAAAUAACCGUGAGUCAUUUGCUUCUAGGAAUUUGGUCACAAAAAGAAUCAGCUGGUCACCAGAUCCUGGCUGCUCUAGGUUUCAAUGAUGAAAAGGCCAAAGAAGUUGCUACAUCAUUGAACGGUGAUGUUGAUUUGAGCUUCAAGAAGCAAACUUAAGAAGUUUCUUGCAGUAACUUAUUGAGGUUGCAAAUAAACUACACUCUCUUUAUCAGUGCGAGUUUGCCAACGAAGUAUCUGAAUGAGGUCCUUUUAAACAUUUCGAUUCCAAAUUCUGCUUUACGCCAAUUGGAGGCUCUGCAGAUUUUCAGUAUUCCUACCGGUUUUUGGGGAAUUCAAGAACUCAGGCUAUUCUAGUUAUGAGUAGUCCCUACUUAACUCUCCCCGUUACUGUAACUUUCAUCCCUUCUUUUGGUUUUACUGAAUUAGUUAUAUAACUGGUUGAAGCCUUCCUCAUAUUUAAGCCAUCCUUGUUGCUUCUUAAAA